CCUUCAUGAAAUAUAUUAAUUUUGAGACAUCCCCCAGUUGAUGACAAAAUAAAACAGAUUGAAAGAGGAGGCAAAACAAACAGAACCAGUUCAUAACGAAGAGAACAAAGCCAGGAGAUGUUCAACAAAAUAUAAUGAAUUGAGGAAUAAUGAAUUGUGAAUGAAGUAUUAAUAGGAACUAUGAUCGCAGGUUAGAUUAUAGUGAAUAUCAGAUUCACCAUCAAUCAUCUUGUAGGGGACAUCACAGAGCCGCGUCACAACUUCUACGUCAAGCCACUGAUCUGCAUGCUUUUAAAGUCUCUCUUGUAAGUUAACUUAUGAGUACUAUUAAAGACAUUUGAUGAUCGUCAUGGAUAUACAUUUAAUAUAUGAUUCCAUUGAUACAAGAAGAUAAUGAGGAAAAUUAGGUUAAUUAUUCAAGAAAUUAAGGAAACAUUUCAAGACAUUGCUGAAAAACUAUAAUAAAAAAGUAUAAAAGAACACUCAACUCUGUGUGUAUAUACAGUACGAAGUUAUGGAUAUAUCAUUCACAUUAGCUUUAAUAAUUGGACUGUAUACAUUUAAUCAAGCAGUAAGUGGGUCUAAUUUGCGAGAAAGAGUCUACAACAAAGUUAAAAACUUUGCCGUAACUGCUGAUCCUUUCAAAACACAUGAAAACAUUAAGAGUGCUUUAGCAUGUGGAAUGAAAUGUACCAGCGACUGCUGUUUCAUGGCAAACUUCAUCCAAACAACGAAAAGAUGUUUACUGUUUCGAAAUCUUCUCCACGACAAUACAGGAUAUGUGAAUCCCGAUAUAACAAAAUGGGAACAAAUAACGCCGAGCCAAGGCUCACAAAUCUUGUACACAAAAAGUAUAUAUAGGGAUUGUCAGGAGAUUUAUAAUACAGGCUGCGAUGUAGAUGCCGUUUAUACCAUACAACCUAACAUGGGUCAACCUCCUUUUAACAUUCAGUGUGACAUGACAUCUGGUGGCUGGGAUAUCAUUCAAAGACGAAUAGAUGGCGCCCAAGAUUUCCACUUUCAAACCUGGGAUGCAUACAAACAGGGAUUUGGAGAUUUGCAAACAGAAUACUGGCUGGGAAAUGAUAAGAUCCACAUUUUGAGUAAUAGUGGGAAUUACAUGAUCGAUUUUGAUUUGCGACACCCUAAUGGCAACUGGUUCAGCGAGAGCUAUGACAAUUUUGAAAUCACGGACGAAUCGGACAAAUACCGUUUAACAAUAGGCAAUGCUAUUGGAGGAGACGCAGGGGAUAGUAUCCAUGGACAUGGCGCGAUAUAUGAUCCGGGAAAUAUGCAGUUCUCAACAAUUGACCGAGAUAAUGAUGGAUCAGGAUUGAACUGCGCAGAAGCCUUAAAGGGAGGUGGAUGGUGGUACAGCAGUUGUGGGAGGGUUAAACUCAAUGCUGUUUACAGUUCAGAUGGGGAAUAUGACACAGGGAAUAAAGGCCUCAACUGGCACAACAUCACAAAGGUUCAUCUCUAUGCGGGCCAAUAUGCAUCCAUUAUGGAAACUGUGAUGAAACUGAAACAAGUUCUACCUUAAGGGGUCAUCUCAGUAGUUUUGCAAUUAUUUCUUCGAUAUUUUGAUGUUUGAAUCAGCCUCUUACCAGUUGCCCCAUGAAAGCAAUUUGUUGAAGAGUUAAGUGUGAAACAUGAUAGACAGCACCUAAAGACUCGUACACUGUAGGAAUACAAUCAAAGAAUCCAACUUGCUGCUUCAAGCAGGGCUUAUUUAUACAACAGAUGACUUUGUAUUGCGAUGUCACCAUGACAACAGGCUCCAAUCAUGAAAUAUGCCUAGAUGAAUAUUUAUAGACAUGA